GGCUGGAGAUGGACGCCCCACCUGGCGCUGGGAGAGGUCUGGUCCCCGUCACCUUCCUCCUGGGCUGCAGUUUGCUCCUGUGCUCAGGGGCUCGGCUCCCCCCGUCGUAUCCCCCCAACAGGCUGUGGAUGCGGGAUGCCCCACAGGACCCCGCCGACGCCGGCGAACGCCCCCUGGCUUGGGACCUGCAGCUGCCGUCCAUCACCCUGCAGGACUGGAGCCUCCGGAUGCUGUCCGGAGAGGGGCGAAGCAGGAAGUCCCGCCUCUGGAGCGGGCCAAGCCAGGAAGUCCCGCCUGCGGAGCUGGCCCCGGGCUGGGGCGAGAAGAGGAGCAUCGUGGUGGCGGACGACGCGGCUUUCCGGGAGCAGAGCAAGAUGCUGACGGCCAUGGAGCGCCAGAAAUGGCUCAACUCCUACAUGCAGAAACUGCUGGUGGUGAACCCCGACUGA